UAAACUUAAGGUACAAUUCCGCAAUGGGCUGCAGGCCGCAAUGUCGCCGCACUCGGAAUCAAUUUCAUAGAGAUUCAUACUGCAGCUGCGGCCUGCGGUCUGCGGUUCAGUUCGGACUUGUACAUUUAAACAUCAAGCAGUUACAUGCUUUAAAAAUAAUAAAAAUUAUAACUAUAAUUGCUAUUUCUUCUUUCAAAUGUUUAAUACUUGUAAAAGUAUUCAUUUGACAUUGUGGGUUUACCUAUAAUGCGAAGAGAUGGCGCUGCCUUGCAGCUUAAGAAUAGCUAGAAAGAAUUUCGACGCGGUCCGUGAGGGCCGCGGUAGCAUAAUUGGUCAGUGCAUUCGCCCGGAUUGCGAAGGGUGCGGGUUCGAGUCCCGUCUGCUGCCUGGUCCGCGUGGAAUUUUUUUUCUAGUUAUAUUUUCUUUAGAUUUAAACAUGCUUUAAAAAUAAUAAAAAUAAUAACUAUAAUUGCUAUUUCUUCUUUCAAAUGCUUAAUACUUGUAAAAGUAUU